GAACAUACCCAUGGCUUUUCUUAUAUACUUGGUCCUUCUCAUCUUGUUUUUCAUUCUCGUUUCGAUUUUAUUUACUAUAUAUACGCAUAAAACCCUUAGACAUGUUAUCCCUUCAAAUUGGCCAAUUCUUGGAAUGAUACCGGGUGUUCUUGUAAACGCUCACCAACUCCAUGAUUACACCACAGAACUUCUGAUACAAAGUCGUGGUACAUUCAUGUUGAAAGGCCCUUGGUUAGCCAACAUGGACAUGCUACUUACCACCGACCCCUUAGACAUCCACCACAUUCUAAGCAAAAACUUCAGCAAUUAUCCAAAAGGUGAUAAAUUCCAAAAGAUCUUUGAUAUCCUAGGAGAUGGAAUUCUCAAUGCUGACGGUAAGAUAUGGGAAAUUAGCCACAAGGUCAUUUUUUCUGUACUAAACCAUGUAGGAUUUCAGAGUAAGAUGGAAACAAUUAUCUGGGACAAAGUGGAAAAUGGGCUUCUACCCAUACUUGAAUCUAUUUGUGAGCGUGGCACUGAGAUGGAUUUGCAGGAUAUAUUUCAAAGGUUUGCGUUUGAUAUCGUAUUCAAAUUACUCUUAGACAAUGACCAAGAGAGUCUGUCUCUGAAUUUUCCUUACAACCCAUAUUCAAAAGCGUUCACCGAUAGUGAAGAAGCUGUUUUGCUUAGACAUGUCACACCCCCAUUCUUUUGGAAAUUGCAACAAAUUCUUAGAGUGGGUAAAGAGAAGAAGCUGAGCGAUGCAUGGAAAUCUUUAGAUCAGUUCAUAUACAAAUGCUUGGCUCAUAAAGAAAUGGACUACAAUAAUAUGAACCAUGAGGCGGAGAAGUUCACAUUUUUCGAUGCUAUCAUGAGAGAGCUCAAAGACCAUAUUGACACUUCUAUGGAUUGCACAAAGUUUCUAAGAGACACCUUUUUUAAUCUGACGGCAGCAGGAAAAGAAACAAUUAGCAGCGCUCUAUGUUGGUUCUUUUAUCUUCUUGCGACAAACCCAACCGUAGAAGAUAAGAUUUUAGAAGAGAUGCAAACACAUUUGGAGGUCAGUGCACUUAAAAGAUGGAACGCGACAGAGUUAGACAAAAUGGUUUACCUUCAUGGAGCUUUAUGUGAAACCUUAAGGCUAUAUCCCCCUGUCCCUUUCAACAACAAAUCUCCAUUACAACCAGAUAUCCUUCCAAGCGGCCACCAAGUUGAUCAAAAUACCAACAUUAUUCUCUCUUUUUAUUCUAUGGGGAGGAUGAGAUCGAUAUGGGGGGAGGAUUGUAUGGAGUUUAAGCCUGAAAGGUGGAUUUCUAGUUCUGGAGGAAUCAAACAUGUGCCAUCCUACAAGUUCCCCACAUUUAAUGCUGGACCAAGAGCUUGUUUAGGUAAGAAUAUGGCUUUCUCUGAGCUGAAGAUAGUCGCAACCACGAUCAUUUAUCAUUACCACAUUCAGCUGGUGGAAGGUCAUCUUGUGCUUCCAGCAGAUUCCAUGGUACUUCAUAUGAAGUAUGGUCUCAAGGUCAAAUUGAAUAGAAGAUCGAAGUGAAUUCAGCUAAAACUAUAUGUUAAAUAAGGUCUGUGAAGACUGUAUUUGGGGGGACCUCAAAAGUUUUCCAGCGUGUGAAGACUGUGUUUGUGUGUAUGUAUGUUGAAUCAAGCUUUAGACAAAAGGUAAACUUGUAAUUGUGUCGGUGGCAUUGUAGCACCGACCUUUUGUUUUAUAAUUAUAUAAAUCUACUUGGAAUAAUGUUAUUGUGUACUGUUUUGCUAUAGUGAAAUAAAUAUUCUAUAACCUCAAUGUAUAAUAGAUUUGGA